UCAUCUCCCGGCUGCCUGACUUCCUCCCUGCACAUUCCUGCACUUACCGUCGUCUACACUGCCCUGCAGACCUGGUCCCCCCAGUCCGCUGCUCCUUUCUCUAAGCUCCUGGGGGCUGGGCCCUGCCACAGCACCAGCAGGUGUCUCUGGGCUGGGAGCAGAGGGCUCCCUACAGGACGCCCAGCCCUGAGACCUCAGAGGGCCACCCCUCGAGGGUGGCCAGGCCUCCGGCGUCCUACCCGAGUGUUGCCUCUGCCCCCAGCCCUGCUGGCCUCUGGCCCCCCUGGCCCCCCAGAUGCCCAGCUGAGACACAGCAGUGGCCCAGGCUGCCCACACCUCCUCCUGGCCCCUGAGGUUGGCACUGCAGCAGACGACUCCUUGGGCACUGGGCAGCCAACGGACGCAGCCACCAGCCUGAGCAGCAGCGGCAUGGGCAGUGCCAGCCCGGGCCUGAGCAGCAUGCCCCCUGGCCGCCUCCUGCUGCCCUCCGACGCGGUGUUGCGGACAGGCCUGGAGGAGGCAGCAGCAGGGGCAGUGGGGCCCGACAGACGAGACUGGAGCCCCAGUCCGCCUGCGACACCUGAGCAAGGCCUGUCCACCUUCUACCUCUCCUACUUUGACAUGCUGUACCCCGAGGAUAGCAGCUGGGUGGCCAAGGGCCCCGGGGCCAGUGCUCGGGAGAAGCCGCCUGAGGAGCCUGAGCAAUGCCCAGUCAUUGACAGCCAGGCCCCAGGGGGUAGCCUGGACUUGGCACCGGGCGGGCUGAUGCUGGAGGAGCACUCGCUGGAGCAGGUGCAGUCCAUGGUGGUGGGUGAGGUGCUCAAGGACAUCGAGACGGCCUGUAAGCUGCUCAACAUCACCGCAGACCCUGUGGAUUGGAGCCCUGGCAAUGUGCAAAAGUGGCUUCUGUGGACGGAACACCAGUACCGGCUGCCCCCCAUGGGCAAGGCCUUCCAGGAGCUGGGGGGCAAGGAACUGUGCGCCAUGUCGGAGGAGCAGUUCCGCCAGCGCUCGCCCCUGGGCGGGGAUGUACUGCACGCCCACCUGGACAUCUGGAAGUCAGCGGCCUGGAUGAAAGAGAAGACCUCACCUGGGGCGAUUCACUACUGUGCCUCGACCAGUGAGGACAGCUGGACCGACAGCGAGGUGGACUCGUCCUGCCCUGGGCAGCCCAUCCACCUGUGGCAAUUCCUCAAGGAGCUGCUGCUCAAGCCCCACAGCUACGGCCGCUUCAUCCGGUGGCUCAACAAGGAGAAGGGCAUCUUCAAAAUCGAGGACUCAGCCCAGGUAGCCCGGCUGUGGGGUGUCCGCAAGAACCGUCCCGCCAUGAACUACGACAAGCUGAGCCGCUCCAUCCGCCAGUAUUACAAGAAGGGCAUCAUCCGGAAGCCAGACAUCUCCCAGCGCCUGGUCUACCAGUUUGUGCACCCCAUCUGA